CCUCCAACUAAGCUCUCUCAUCUUUUUUGCCUUUUGAAGUUGAAACACCAGCAAUGAAGAAUUUGACCAUCUUUCUCAUCAUCUUCUUCACACUAGAAAACCCAUUAACCUCUGCAUUGCUUGAAAGGGAUAUUGUCAACCUCCAUGUCCAAGACAAGCUCAUCCUCUCAUCAGCUUUUGGCCCCGAAAGCAUCGCCUUCGAUGCCGUCGGCGAAGGCCCCUACACCGGCGUCUCCAAUGGCCGUAUACUCAAAUGGAGAGGCUCUAGUCUUGGUUGGCAAGAGUUUGCCACCACUUCAAACAUCAGGACAAGUGACUGUGAUAACAUAAAAUAUUUUCAUGUAAGUUUAGAGAGUAAAUGUGGGAGGCCAUUAGGGUUGCAGUUUAAUGAAGGCACUGGUGAUCUUUAUAUCACUGAUGCUUAUUUUGGAUUAUUAACUGUUGGACGUGAGGGAGGAGAGGCGGCACAGGUUGCUGUUUCUGCUGAUGAUCAACCAUUUGGGUUCACUAAUGGUUUGGAUGUUGAUCAACAGAAUGGCAUGGUUUAUUUCACUGAUAGCAGUACUCAUUUCCAAAGAAGAGAAUAUAUAUUGGCAGUGAUAGCAGGCGAUGCAACAGGGAGAUUAAUGAAAUACAACCCUACAAGCAAAUUAGUGACAGUCUUAAAAAAAGGGCUUGCAUUCCCAAAUGGGGUGGCCUUAAACAAAGACAACACUUUUCUCAUCGUGGCAGAGACCACUAGAUGCAGACUCCUACGUUAUUGGCUUCAAGGACCCAAAACAGGCACCUUAGAAAUAUUUGCACAACUGCCUGGGUACCCUGAUAACAUCAAGAAGAACCCUAAAGGUGAGUUUUGGGUUGCCCUAAACCAAGAAAAGGUUAAUGGAAGAGUUGAUUGGUCUUUUGAGCGCCCUGUGGGAAUGAGGUUUAGUGAAAAUGGUGAAGUGUUGGAGGUGUUGAAAGGGAGAGUUUGGACUUCCAUUAGUGAGGUGCAGGAGGGCAAUGGGACUUUGUGGGUUGGGUCUGUGGUUAUGCCCUACGUUGGUGUUUAUAAGAAUUAAUUAGGUUGAGCUCUUUUAGGGUUUGUGUUGUAGUUAUAUUUUAUUUGGAAUGGUUUUAAUUAAUUCUAGUUUUUGUGAGUGGUCAGUGUGCUUGUUUAGACUGA